GCAACCUGGAUUGGUGGGGAAGUGACUCCACAUCAAGAUGCCACAUUUCUGUACACGGUGCCCCUGGGCAGAGUUAUGGGGCUGUGGAUUGCCCUGGAAGAUGCCACCAUUAACAAUGGCUGCCUGUGGUUUAUCCCGGGGUCACACAACAGUGGUAUUUCCCGGCGUAUGGUGCGUACUCCAAAGGGCACCUUUCCCCUGACAGACUUCACUGGUCGAGAGCAGACCUAUGAUGACGAGAAGUUUGUUGCUGCACCUGUUAAAAAAGGUGGUGUAGUCCUGAUCCAUGGGGAGGUGGUGCAUCGCAGUGCUGAAAACACCUCAGAAGACUCUCGCCAUGUCUACACCUUCCACAUGAUGGAAUCCAAGGACACCUGCUGGAGCCCUGACAACUGGUUGCAACCCACUGAAGAGCUCCCUUUCCCGUCUCUCUACACUAAAUGAAGGAUGUUUUGGACAUUUGGUGGAGCAGUUCAUUGAAAUACUACAAGUUUCCCUCUCUCCUGAAGAAGGACCAACAUUAUGAACAGCUUUAACCAUAUGAAAUGUGCUAUUUCACAUGGCUUGUUUUGUAUCCUACAUGACACCAUCUGUUCCUCUGAGCUACACGUAGGCUGGUAUAUAGCCUGAUCCAGAAUUACUUCAAAAGCAGAGUCAGUACUGGAUUAAUGGUGAUUAACUCAGAACAUAUGAAUGUAUCAAUGUUUUUAAAUGGGAGUCUUUAAUACAUAAAAAAUAAAAUUUUAAAAAACA